CGUAAGGCCAAUAUAUUUUACAAUAUUUAUAUCCACAAAGUUCUUAAACCCUACUGACUGAACUCACCUGGGUAUAAGAAAAAAUAAAUAAAAAAAAUCUUCGAAGGUUUUAAAGAUGGCUUUAUUCAAUAGAAUUGGAAAUAUGCUUAAACAGAGUGUAAGCAGACACACGAAUUUGGAAUUGUGUGCCACUAGAACCUCACUUUACCAGGCUAUAAGAAGCAUGUCUUCUUCAAAGCUUUUUGUUGGAGGUCUCUCAUAUGGCACUGAUGAAACCUCUCUGCGAGAGGCAUUCUCCCAACAUGGUCAAGUGAUUGAAGCUAGAGUUAUUUUUGAUCGUGACAGUGGGAGAUCCAGAGGGUUUGGUUUUGUUACUUAUACAUCUGCUGAAGAAGCAUCAAGUGCCCUGAGUGCCUUGGAUGGCCAGGAUCUCCACGGGAGACGGAUAAGGGUGAAUUAUGCCACAGAAAAGCGUCCUGGAGGAUUCGGGCGUGGUUCUGGUGGUGGAGGUGGAUUUAGCUAUGGUGGGGGAGCUGGAGGUUACUCAUAUGGGAAUUAUGGAGGUGGUGGUAACUAUGGUAGCAACAACAGUUACCCUGCAGGUGGUGGCAGCUAUGGUGGGGAUAGUUUUGGGGCUGGAUAUGGUGGUGGGAGUAGUGGAAGUUACAACGCUGGUGUUUCCGCUAGUAAUGACUUCUUGAACAACUCUGAAUUUGGUGGGAGCCCUGGGACCUCGCACAAUGGUGGUGAAGAACAGCUUAGUGCAGACCAAGGGACUGAAUCUGUAGACAAUGAUUUCACACCAGGUGUAGAAAGGAGCAGCAGCGACGACAAUGAUGAGCCAAAGGACUACGCCAACUCGAGGAGUUCAUAAUACGUCCUCAUAUGCUAUUCACCAACUUUGGGUUUGAUGAGUACAUGUUCACAAUACGUGUUGAGUUAAAAGAAAGUAUAUUCUAUUUCCAGCAGGGUUGCUACUGGUUGAAUGCUUCAUCUAAGUUUAAUCAAUCUGUAGGAUUACACUCUACUCGUUUCAUAAAUGUUUUAAGUUCAUGGAGCUCUCCAAGUACUGAUUUUGUGCAAUGUACAGUGCUGAAUCUUUUGCUACCCGCUUGUUUCUUUGAAGGCACUUGUGAUGA